AAGGGAGCAGGCAGCGCCUCCCAGCCACCCACCCCACCAAUUCCCAUCCUCCCGCCCCCCUCCACCAACCCCUUCUUUCCACACUGCCCCCUGAGUUCAGGGAAUUUCCCCAGCAUCCCAAAGCUUGAGUUUCCUGCCAGUCGGGAGGGAUGAAUGCAGAUAAAGGGAGUGCAGAAGGCACGAGGAAACCAAAGUGCUCUGUAUCCUCCAGUCUCCGCGCCUCCACCCAGCUCAGGAACCCGCGAACCCUCUGUUGACUACUAUGAGCCUCCGGUCCAGCCGCGCGGCCCGUGUCCCGGGUCCUUCGGGCUCCUUGUGCGCGCUGCUCGCGCUGCUGCUCCUGCUGACGCCGCCGGGGCCCCUCGCCAGCGCUGGUCCUGUCUCUGCUGUGCUGACAGAGCUGCGUUGCACUUGUUUACACGUUACGCUGAGAGUAAACCCCAAAAUGAUUGGUAAACUGCAGGUGUUCCCCGCAGGCCCGCAGUGCUCCAAGGUGGAAGUGGUAGCCUCCCUGAAGAACGGGAAGCAAGUUUGUCUGGACCCGGAAGCCCCUUUUCUAAAGAAAGUCAUCCAGAAAAUUUUGGACAGUGGAAACAAGAAAAACUGAGUAACAAAAAAAACCAUGCAUCAUAAAAUUGCCCAGUCUUCAGCGGAGCAGUUUUCUGGAGAUCCCUGGACCCAGUAAGAAUAAGAAGGAAGGGUUGGUUUUUUCCAGCAGUCCAUUUUCCACAUGGAUUCCCUACUUUGAAGAGUGUGGGGAAAGCCUACGCUUGUCCCUGAAGUUUACAGCUCAGCUAAUGAAGUAUUAAUAUAGUAUUUCCACUAUUUACUGUUAUUUUACCUGAUAAGUUAUUGAACCCUUUGGCAAUUGACCAUAUUGUGAGCAAAGAAUCACUGGUUAUUAGUUUUUCAAUGAAUAUUGAAUUGAAGAUAACUAUUGUAUUUCUAUCAUACAUUCCUUAAAGUCUUACCGAAAAGGCUGUGGAUUUCGUAUGGAAAUAAUGUUUUUUUAGUGUGCUGUUGAGGGAGGUAUCCUGUUGUUCUCACUCACUCUUCUCAUAAAAUAGGAAAUAUUUUAGUUCUGUUUCUUGGGGGAAUAUGUUACUCUUUACCCUAGGAUGCUAUUUAAGUUGUACUGUAUUAGAACACUGGGUGUGUCAUACCGUUAUCUGUGCAGAAUAUAUUUCCUUAUUCAGAAUUUCUAAAAAUGUAAGUUCUGUAAGGGCUAAUAUAUUCUCUUCCUAUGGUUUUAGACGUUUGAUGUCUUCUUAGUAUGGCAUAAUGUCAUGAUUUACUCAUUAAACUUUGAUUUUGUAUGCUAUUUUUUCACUGUGGGAUGACUAUAAUUCUGGUCACUAAAUAUACACUUUAGAUAGAUGAAGAAGCCCAAAAACAGACAAAUUCCUGAUUGCUAAUUUACGUAGAAAUGUAUUCUCUUGGUUUUUUAAAUAAAAGCAAAAUUAACAAUGAUCUGUGCUCUGAAAGUUUUGAAAAUAUAUUUGAACAAUUUGAAUAUAAAUUCAUCAUUUAGUCAUCAAAAUAUGUACAGCAUUGCUAAGAUUUUCAGGUAUCUAUUGUGGAUCUUUUAAAGGUUUUGACCAUUUUGUUAUGAGGAAUUAUACAUGUAUCACAUUCACUAUAUUAAAAUUGCACUUUUAUUUUUUCCUGUGUGUCACGUUGGUUUUUGGUACUUGUAUUGUCAUGUGGAGAAACAAUAAAAGAUUUCUAAACCACUGA